UUCAAUAUCUCUGCCAUUCAGUCAACAGUAUCCAGAAGACAGUACGAGGCGAAUUGAAUAAAUAAUUAUUGUUGUAAAUAUUUCGUUCUAAUUUUUAUAAGGUUAAUCACUAAUAAAAAUAUAGCCUUACACAAAAAUGAACAAAUCCACCAUAAUUGAGAUUCUUGCCAUUUGUUGCGUGUCAACUAUUGCAACAACGCUUGCCAAUAAAUCCCAGGCAGAUGAAAAUGAAUGUGUCCAUAUCUAUGACUCUGAUUCCAUCUUCCUCCCUGGCUAUGAGCCCGAGCCGAAAGGAUCGAUUAAACGGAAGGCUGGAGAUACGUGUUCCAUUUUGUAUGACGACCUCAACUGCACUCAGGUCACGGACACAAACUCCAGGGUCCACUACACGGUGAGGGACUGGGAUAACUCGCAGAAGAAGGUGGAACUCUGUGAACCUGACAUCCCCAACGCAGUAAUUGGAUUUAUGGUCAUUGUAGUCAUCGUUGUUUUUGCAGUGAUUUUAAAACGUUAUUAUGACCAAAGGGGACGAUAAAAGCUUAAAAUCCUGAGACUAUGGUCCGUGCAAAAUUAAUAAAUUAAUAAAUUAAUUAUUAAUAAAUUAAUAACUCUGCGAAUAUAUUACUUUACUAAAUUGAAUAAACUCUAAAUAAAUUAAUAAGCCGUUUCUUUUGGCUAUGGUGAAAUGUUCAAAAUUCAUUACUAAUUUGGAUUAACAAUUUGGAUUUUAAAUAUCAGUGAAUAAUUAAUCUAAAAAUACGAAUUUGACUUGUAUAUCUGUUAAGAAUUAGUGUUCCGUACGCAGGAGAAAAUUCAAGAAAACGACCUAUUAAUUUAGCACAGACCAUAUGAAGCUAAUAGUUGCUUAUUUAAUUGGCCAUGCAUAUAUACACUUUAACAUUGUCGAAGAAUAAAAUCAUAUUAUUUAAAAUCCUAAAAACA